GGUGGUCACGAAGAUCUCAAGAUGGCUGGGCGAAAACUUGCUCUAAAAGCCAUUGACUGGGUAGCUUUUGGAGAGAUCAUCCCCCGAAACCAAAAGGCUAUUGCCAACUCCCUGAAAUCCUGGAAUGAGACCCUCAUCUCCAGGUUGGCUACUCUCCCUGAGAAUCCCCCUGCUAUCAACUGGGCUUACUACAAGGCCAAUGUGAAGAAGGCUGGCUUAGUAGAUGACUUUGAGAAGCAGUUCAAGGCCCUGAAGGUUCCUGUACCAGAGGAUAAAUAUACUGCCCUGGUGGAUGCUGAAGAAAAAGGAGAUGUGAAAAGUUAUGCUGAGUUUUUGAACCUCUCAAAGGCCAGGAUUGAAGAGUACCAGAUAGAGCUGGAGAAGAUAAAGACCAUAAUUCCUUUUGAUCAGAUGACCAUCAAGGACUUGAAUGAAGUCUUCCCGGAAACCAAGUUAGACAAGAAGAAGUAUCCCUACUGGCCGCACAAGCCCAUUGAGAAUAUGUAA